AUGUCGGGUGAAACCUUAGAUCAUGAAGAGGGGAGGGGUUAUGAUGAUCACGGUGUGGGCACAGACGAGCCGUCUACGGAGUUCGUAGUCGUUCGUCCUCUCCGAGGUAACACCCCGGAUGUGGAAGAGACUGGGACCUCUCAACCUUUACCGGUCGAGAAAGGGAAAAAGAAGAGAAAAGCUCCCGAGGCCAGCGAGAAAAAUGAUGACCGUGAUAUCAAGGCCUCUCGGUGCACCCGGGGUUUUCUGAGAGCAGUACGGGAAACGUUCAGUAUUCCUGUCGAAUACGAGCUGUCUUUGGUGCCCGAGGGGCAAAAGCUGAACGACGUGCCUCCUGCGAACACCAUCAUGCUGACCCUGGAGCAUUUGCAGUCUGGGAUCCGGUUUCCCCUGCUCGAGCACUACAAGGAGUUGAGCCGUUACUUCGAGGUGCCCUUGUCGCAGAUUCACCCUAAUGGGGUUCGACACUUCUCUUGCUUCUUGAAGCUCUGCGAGAAGACCGGGGUGGUGCCUAGCAUGAGGUUGUUCUGCUGCCUGUACCUCAUGUCCCUCAAAGACCGGAACCAUUUUGCAUACCUGCGGUUCCGGAGCGAAAGGAAGGCUGUUCCCGGGGGGUUGGUCUCUGGAGUGAUUGAUUCACUCCGGGAUUUCAAAGAAGAUUAUUUUCAAAUUUCCCAUCCUUCGGCCUUUGAUGGGAUGGGUACCUCGUGGUCUUGUUUUUUUUUUUUUUUUUUUUUUUUUUUUACCCUGAAUUUUGUUACUUGUGUGAGUACUGACUUCGUUGUGUACAUUUUUGUUGCAGUGAACAGCCUAGAUCUGAGCAAGCUAGCCGGGAAGAAAAGAAAGAGGCCGGCGAGCCGAAAUGUAGCCCCGGCUCCUGCUCCGGUUCCCCGAGCUACCGAGGUGCCAAAGUCACCUGCUGCCAAGGCACCUGCUACCACGGGUGUUCCUGAAGAACCCCUGCGGGGUGCUGAUGCUAUCCCCCUCCGAGUUCGUUUACCGGAGGGGAUCGAGGUGCCGGUGGGUGCCGAACCGGUCGGGAAUAUCCCGUUCGUGAACCUGGACUCCACCGAGACGGUGGAUGGUCCCAUCCGGGGCUCGGCUGAUCCCCAGGGGGCAACUCCUGCGCCCGCUGGGCAAAGUUCUAGGGCUCCUCCAACUCGGAUGCCUGAUCUUCCAGACAUCUCGUCGGGGUCGAGCACCACUGCUCCGGGUCCUCAGACCAUCACUCGAGCCAGCUUCGCCGAGUGGGUCAGCAGGCACAACGAUGGUCGACCAGCUACCCUGCAUGACCUGGUCAUUGCGGGCGACGUUGCUCGUGUGACCACUCUUCCUGCUGACCGAGAGCACUACAAGUCCCACCAGCCUGAGAAUUUGUGGGCUGUGGUUUCCUCCUUUUGCCUCCAGGCCUCGCAGAUGGCCUACAUGGCCGAUCAAAACCAGAGCAAGGUGGAGAUCGACCUGACACUGGCCAAGGACCUUCUUCUGACCGAGAAGAAGAGGGCCCGGGAAGCCGAGAGGAGGGCUUCCGAGGCAGAGAAGAAAGCUUCUGAGGGGGCUGCCCUGGUUGCUACGCUGGAGUCUCAGUUGAAGAGCUCCGAGGAUCGCCGGGCUGAGGACCUCGGUGUGCUGGAGAAGCUGCGAGCUGAGGUGACUCAACUCGAGAAUGACAGAGUCCUGGCCCGGGACGAUUUCACCAAGCAGCUGGCCGACUUGACGACUCGGAACGAUCUGGCUUCUAAGGGUCUUCGGGAGACCGUGGCCGACCAGAAGAAGCAGAUUGCUGAGAUCACCCAGCGGGCUGAGAAAGCGGAGGCCGAGGUGAAGGAAGUCACGGGCCGGGAAGAGAAGAUUUAUGACGACUUCCGCCGCAUCCUCUAUGUCAGCGAGGUUCAAGCGGGCGAGUAUGUCCGAGGUCGUUUCGGAGCCGAUGUGGAUGUUUCAGACUUUGUUCUGGACAUCGAGGAGCUGGGUCGGCGAGCCAAGGAGCUGCCAGAAGACUAUGAUGUGCCCGCCGACAUCGAAGACUACCUUGCUGAUGACCAGGAACCGGGCUCCAACCCUCCUUAGAUAAUUUUUUCUUUUUUGCCUUGUAAUUUUUGAACAGUUUUUGUAACUCCUGAAUAUUGAGCUUUGAGCUCUCUUUAUAAGAUUGAAUACUUUCUUUUGUAUAUACUUGUUUUCUUGAAUGAGAUUUCCUUUAUUUUGUAA